UUCCCAUACAAACACGUGAGGCAGGUCAAACUUCAGUCCAUAUUCCUAAUAAACCAUGAUGCAGAGUAUUGCAAAUUGAGAUGGGAUUUGCUGUGGUGCUGGAUGCUUUGUCUCAGCAUUAGUGAUACCAUGAAUACAAGGAAACACUUGUUGUCUGCAGCACGGCUUAUGUUGCCCACCACUGGCUUGAGCCUUAUCUUUGCAGGCACUUACACCAAGUCCAUUCAAAGUGGACAACUGCAAAUUCUCAUAGACAUCUCCUCUUACCUCUUUAUUGUCCUGGGCUUUGUACUGCUAGUCAUUGGAGUGUUGUGGACUCUCGGUCACGGAAUGAAGAACGUGCUGCUUAAACGUUCAAUAAGGAGGUCUAGAGAUGCUGAUGUUCAGGUUUUUACUGUGGACAGGUCUGACGUAUAUCCACCAUCGUAUGAGGAGUCUCAGGUCAGAAAUAACGCUGUCGGGGUUGUCCCCACCGUCAUCUCCAUUCCUUCAGGCAUGGUAUGGCCCGGACCAGCUCCUCCGGUUUACGCACUGACCUGCAACGAGAGCUCAGUUGAGGACUUUAGCCAUGAGGAACCACCUACUUAUCAACAAGCAGUUCAGAGCCAAACUGAAUCACAAACUUCCCAUCUACCCACAAACAGCACUGUAGAGCCUCUCUGAACAGCUGCUGAAGGACAGAUCGAUGUUCACUGAAAGGAAUGUAGAAUGCUCAGUGUAAUUCAAGGCUCAGAAGGACCUGGAGUUUUUGAGACUGUUAAUUGCCCCUGACUUUAGUAUCACUGGGAGUAAUUAUAUUUUGAGCCUUUCUCUAAACUUGUAUCAGGAAUAAAGAGUUUCUCAAAAAGCAAAUUUGAAACACUUUCAUGGAAUCCUUUAUGAAUCCAAGAGAAAAUGCUGAAGAAGGUGUAGACAUUGCGAUCACGAGCACUUAAUUAAGAUGUGAUUGUAGUAACAAGGAAAAACAAACAUGACAAAAAGUCUCGUCUGAUUUAGUCUUAGUGUCCUCUGUUGAUGUCAUUUCCAAAAGAGCACAGAAACAACAUACUGUAACUGGUCAAAAGCUUUAAAUGAAAACAUUAGUGUGUUGUGUAAGGAUAAGGCUAAUGUGCAUAAAAGUGUGCAAUGUAUAAGUUGUUUUAUUGUUAAGUCUCAUUAGUGUUGAUAGGUCAAGAAGUAUCCCUGUCAAAUCCUUUGUAUUUUAUGUUUGCAUUAAUAAACAAUACAUUUGAGCUCGUUGUCUCUGUUGUGAAAUGUACUGUGCAUGAUAAUAAACGGUUGUUAUUUCUGUA